AUGAAUGGGACCUUCUUUAACCAGACGCUGGCAGGACAAGGAGUCUAUUCCAACAGAUCCCAAGACCUGGGCAUUCUGAUUGGCUGCUGCAAUGGGACGGGGAUUGUGGUGGCCAGCGAUGGAGGGGCCUCGGUCCUGCUCCCGGAUGAGAGGAGCCUUUUUAUCUCCCGAGUGGUCCAGAUUGCUGUUCUCUGUGUGCUCUCGUUGACUGUGGUGUUCGGGGUCUUCUUUUUGGGAUGCAACCUUCUCAUUAAGUCGGAGAGCAUGAUCAACUUUUUCGUCAAAGACCGGCGGCCAUCCAAAGAUGUUGGCAUCGCGAUCAUGGGGCUGUAUUGA